AAUCAAAUCGAGUUGAAUGUCAAAUUAGUUUGUAGUAAAAUUGUUUGUGUGAUCCACGUUUUCCAUUUUAAAGAAGCAAUAUUGACUUAAAUCACCAUAGACAAAACCAGGAAUAGAUCUGAAAAUUGUUAUAGACAUCUCGAAACAAAAUAAAUUGUCCAAGGUCGAUCAAAAGGACGGUAACCGCCUCGUGUAGGUGUAGCUUGCAGAUAAUAUAAAUUCCGGUUUUUAUGUCUUCUAAAACAGCGUUGUAUGUGCGGCAAUAAUAUGUCAGUUCCGUUGCCUGUUAUUGUGCCUGCUUUACGAAAAGCUACUGCAGCGGUAAUAUUUCUUCAUGGCUUGGGUGAUACAGGUCAUGGUUGGGCCGAGGCUUUUGCAGAGAUCAGAACUUCACAUGUGAAGUACAUCUGUCCCCACGCGCCUAUCAUGCCUGUCACCUUAAACAUGAACAUGUCCAUGCCCUCUUGGUUUGAUAUCAUCGGGUUGAGGACAGAUGCUGAGGAAGACGAGUCUGGGAUAAAAAAAGCAGCAGAGAAUAUUAAAGCGCUGAUAGACCAGGAAGUCAAGAAUGGAAUUCCCUCCCACAGAAUUGUCCUGGGUGGGUUUUCUCAGGGUGGAGCCCUGUCUCUCUACACAGCCCUGACGACUCAGCAGAAGCUAGCAGGAGUUGUGGCUCUGAGCUGCUGGCUGCCUCUACGCAGCUCCUUUCCUCAGGCUUCGGCUAAUAUGGUCAACAAAGACAUUCAUUUCCUCCAAUGCCACGGUGAGGCGGACCCUCUGGUGCCGUUAGUAUUCGGUAGUCUGACGGUAGAAAAGCUGAAGACUCUUGUCAACCCAAACAACGUCACCUUGAAGACCUAUCCCAGAAUGCCUCACAGUGCCUGUUCUGAGGAAAUGAUGGAUAUUAAGCAGUUCAUUGAGAAGCAGCUUCCUCCAGUUUAGCUAAUGAUCUUAUUAGCAGCCCACACACUACCACCAUCGCUGACUAGGUCCCUGACUCCUGCCUCUCAUCAAGAUCCGCAGAACCACUGACUGACUUUACUAAAUACCUGCUCACUCUGGUUGCUGCUCACCAAGUUAGGGGUAGGCUAAGGGCUAUAGACAGUCUAAGAGGAGAGUAUACACAGACAGACUGCAGUGUUUUGGACUGGAGCUGUGACUAUAUCUUUACACGAAACAUGUCAGUUGCCGUUGUUGAACAGCGGCUCGCCUUCAAACCUCAAGAAAUACAUCUUUAGAUGUGGUGGAUUAUCUUUAACUAUAUUGGUUUGAAAAGCUAUUUAAUCCGGUCUUUUGAUUUACAAUAGAUAGCAGAGACAAAAUAGUUGUUUAAUGAUCCAUUGCUCUUCAUCUAAUAUACAUAGAAAUAAUGAGAUGAUUAACAUGAAAAAGACCAUAGAUUUAUUGUGCUUUAUUAAACUUGUGUGAAGGAAAA